CUUCCGCGCAAAGAGCACGUUAUCGAGAAAAGAAGUAUCGUUUGCGACCGAUAGAAGCACAUUUGAUUACAGAAGGCAGGCCCGUACAAGAGCACGCUACUGCCGUCGCUUUUCCGUCGCUCCGGAUGAGAAGCAGCAGAUGGAGCAAGAGGAAGUAGUUCUAGACGAAUCGGCCGACAGGAACGUCGGCUCCUGAAGAGACACCCCACUGCCUUCCCGAAACGUUUCCGAUCUGAAGCGCAUUCAUCGAUCGUCGUAUAUAAACAGUAGUGUUGGACCAUUUGCUAGCAGUAGUGGUAGUUCUGUCACAGCUCAACCUUCAUCUAACAGGCCUAACAUCCUGGGGAAGACAUACUGGCUUUGGAAAGACAGAUGUGAAUACAAAAAUACAGGAAGCGGUGUUUUUCAGAUAAGAUAAAGCUGCCUGUUACUGCCUUUACAAGAAUAUUGACUGUGCACAAUCAUUUGCCAUCUGCUUGUUUUCCAGUUAUCAGUUAUCAGUUAUUCAGAAAAUACGGAGCAGUACAGAGAAAGUUCUGAUACACUGGUCAAAGAGGAUCUGAAAAUUCACUAGGCCUCAUCUGAGAUUUAGUGACCACCAAAAGCACAUCACACUCUCCUGGAGGAGUGUGUUGUUAACAUAGCACUAGAGCGUAGUGCUCUCAGGUGGCUGAUACCGUGUUCCACGUUCCUCCCAUCACACGGCAUAUUAGGAAGUAGGGAAAGAGUCUGGUGAAUUUCUUCUCGAGAAGUCUUCCGCUCAUCCUCUGCCCAGUUGCACGACUGCACGAGUGGUGAGCGGUAAGGAGAAGAUUGAUUGUGCCAAAAGUGCCCAGCUGUAUAGAGAGAUUGGCCUGAGUAGAUUCGAGCACGAUUCAGUAGUUUUGGCAACAGGUGAAUCUGCGGCAGACGAGUAACUUGGCCUGUUGGGAUCCUGCCAGUUCAUCAGUGGUCUGGUUGUUGGUUAGCCCAGUAAUCUGGUGACCAGCUGGAAGAUCCAGUGAUCUGGUGACCUCUUGGAACCUCCAAGUGAAUGCUGAAUGCUUGGCCAGUAAUCUGCUGGAAGCCCUAGGCUGUUGGUUAGCGCAGUACUUUGGUGGCCUGCUGGCAGUUAGUCGUCUCCCCAGUGGUCUUGUCGGCCUGAGACUCCCGCCUCCAGCCCGGUCAUCCAGUGGAUGAGCGUCCAGUCUGGCUGACCCCCCCGAGGCUCGCCAGGCGCAUCAGCAAAGCGUGCGACGCAAGACCCGGCGGACUUCGCUGCUGGGAUCUCUGGGCUUCGCCCGCCACCAGGGGCCCUCUGCUUCUUCCUCGGCAGCCGUCUCGUCCUUCCAGCAAGUGAGCGGCAUGUACCGCACGGUGCGCCACGGAGAGAACUCGCUGCAGUACACCAUCCUGCCACAGCAGGAUGACCUGGGCAAUUCCGGCGCGGCCUCCGGUGCUGGACCAGCCGGUCGAAGGACGCGGAAGGCGGGCGGCGGGCGGCUGAAGCUGGCGCUGGUGCUGGGCGUGGCGCUGGUGCUGGCGGCGGGCGCCGUCACGACGGCGGUGCUGGUGCCGCUCAUGAUCCCCCGGCCGCACGGCGCCGCCCACCGGCCGCUCACCAGGCACCACCACCCGCCACAGAACCUGCUGCCGGCGCGCCGCCCUCUGCACCAGUCGCUGGAGGACCCGGCGCCGCCCCCGGUGGCCGCCGCCCACCGGGACGCCGCCCCCGCCUCCUCCACGGAGGACCCCUCCCUGUCCGCCGUCUCCUCGGUGUCCCCCGCUGAAGACUUGGCGGCCAGCAGCGCCCUCUACAGCGAGCCCGCGGCCACCGAGGCGCUGACGUCGACGCCCGCCACGCCGGCCGCCACCAGCACCCAGGCCACCACUACCACCACCACCAGCACGACCACCACGACCACCACAACCACCACCACCCCUGCGCCGACCACUGCCGCCACCUCAACGGCUGCAGCGAGCGCCUCCAAGGGCAACGCAGAUUCCACUGCAGGAGGCGGCGCUGUGACGGAGGCGGUGGUGCACUUCGAUGAGGCAGACAACGGCACUGACGGGGGCGGCGUAGAUGCGGCGGACAUUGACGACGCAGAAGUCGACGGCCCCGGGGACGGUGGGCGUGGCCGCGGCUCCGGCAAGCCGAGCACCUGGCUGGAGUCCAGGUGGCCGUUCGGAGACGCAUCCGCCUACUUCGAGUGGACGGGCUUCAACGGGGAGGACAGCGUGCUGCUGCCUCUGGCGCUGGCUGGGGUGGUGCUGGUGCUCGUCAUCAUCAUCGCCGCCUGCUACGCCAUCCGCAGACACCGCCACAAGGUCAACCGCCGCCAGGCCAUUGGGAAGAUGUCGAACGAGCUGCAGUCUGGCGAUAAGGCAACACUGCUUCCUGACGGUUCAGAAGACGAGUAAAGAGCUACCUGCUGUCCCCAGCGUAAUGGUCGGCAGGCUCCAGAUGUGGCCUGCUAUUGGUCGGUGGCCCACCAACUGCAAGGGAGACGCAGCCGCUACCACGUUGCCACGUCUCUGCUGGAACUCUAGCUUCUGUUUUGGUCAGACUCGCAGUUUGCAGAAACCUCCCCAGCCAGAAAGUGGCUCUCCAAAGCUGCAGAGAUCUGCUGAACGAGCAGGGUGCUUGCUGCUUCGUGGUUUUCGAGAUGUUUCAGAACAGUUAUGUUUGCUGAUUAUGACCAAACUGUUGCAUCAUAGUAUUAACAGAAAAAGAACUGCUUCUUUGCUCUGCUUUAUCAUUCGAAUAAGUCUUGAACCACGACUUAUGCUGUGUAAUCUCUCGUCAAGUUUCAGUGUUUACUGUAAAUAAUAAUCCUGUUAAGCUUACAACAAAAUAUGGGCAGUUGAAAUGUGAUGAAGUGAAUGGAAAAAAAAAUGACAUAUCAGAUCCCUCUGCAUUGGAGGGAAAUGUCAGUGAAUGGAACAGAUGUUUAUCAUUGUAUUCACAGUUUUGUUGAUGUUGCAUUCCAGUCUCCUUAAUUUAUAACAGUGUAAUAAGUUUGUAUUAUGUAUCUAGUCGUACUAUAAAGACUUUCCACACACAUAUAUGUGCAAGCAGUCAUGUUUACUGUUUAUGAAGAGAGAAUUUUUAUGCAUUUUAAUGGACUUUAAGUAUCCUGAGAAAAUAACCAGCUAUGAAGGGCUACAGGGUAGUCCACAAAUGUGGAACAACACUUCUAAAACCAAAAUUUGUUGAUAAAUAGAAAUUUAAAGUCAAGUAGUACAAGACAUGAUUCUGCAGAGGGGGAAGGGGCACAUUCGAGGUUAUGUUGCCAAUAUGGGGAUCAUUUUGGAAAUCACCAUCUUGGAUCCAAAGUGUAGUUUUCAAAGGGAAAGGGGAUCAUGUCACAUAUCAAAAUAGUAGGGUCUUUCAUUUGAGUGUAGCUUUAUUCAAUCUCGAGUUACGUCACAUUUUAUAGAGAACGAGACACAUGCCAGUAGUAACACAUGAAGGUUACAGAAUGUUUUCGAUGUGUUGUACAGCACGUUGUAUGGUGGAUGUUAUUUGAUUCACUCAUUGCUCAUGGACUUAAACUGACUUACUUACUUCACCCAAUGGUAUGUAGCAUAUUGGGCAACCAAUUUCCUCCAGCAAACUAGAUCAUCUAAUAGGUUACUAAGUUUUCAAAUUUCAACCAGUUUAUGUCUAUACAUUCAAUAACCUUUGCAAAACUUCGUUUCCAAGUGUUACGAGGGCUUCCUCUACUCCCGUAUCCACCUGUUGGCUUCCACAACAGUGUUGGCCUUGGUAUUUUUCCAUCUUUCUCUAGUGUAAUGUGCUCACAAGAUUCAGCCUUUUUUCAGAAACAAUUUUGUGCAGGCUGCGUGAACCACAUCUUCUCAUCAUUUCAUUAUUUGAAAUGUGGUCGUGAUAACUGUUCUGCAAAAUUCGCCUCAAGCAUCGUCGGUCAAAAACGUUGAGCUGGUGUGCUGAUUGCUGAUUUUUCCAGAUGUCACAUUCGUAUGUGGCCAUCGGUACGACGAUAGAGGACUAGUUUUGUCGGCACACUUAGAGUGUAAUUGCUAUAUGGAUCGCAUUCAUUGGAAGACUGUAGAAGCUCUCCCAUUUCUACUGAUGAUGUAUGCAUCGAUGUUCCCGUUGUUACAGAUAAGGCUGCUGGGGUAUGGAAAUGGUCAGUACCUUCUUUUUCGUGUAUAUAUGCAGAGUGAAGCGAGGAAUGAUAAUUUGUAGCAUGGAUGUAAUGGAAUAGCAUCUCGCCAUUGAACGAAACAGGGGACGCUACCUGAAACCAAGGCAUGACUGCUGUAAUCAAGCGGGAUCCCCCGUUUCGUUCGAUGCUAAGAUGUUAUUCCAAAGCAGUUGGAGGGCCUCAGCUACCCUGCUCGAGUUUAGGGGGAAUACCAAAUGGACUAAGCCAUGAAUGUGAAUUUGGACUGCGGGCGGAGGCAUUCUAGGGCAGCCUGUGCAGUUAUGCAAAGCGUCUGUGCCAUAGUGCCGUAGUGCAUGUGCCUAGUGCGCAGCAGACCUGGGUUCGAUGCCUGGUCUUGGUACAAAUUUUCAUUCAUCCCUUCCGUCGGCAUACAUAUAUCAUAGAUGUUUGAGACUUGGAGAAGUCUCUGAAACCAUAGACCUCCAUUUGAUUAUCAUCUGUUUCAUUAUAAUUUGGGUUGACAGGUUUCCGCUUUUUAUGCACACUGCGAUUGUCUUAUCAGCAUUUAUUUUUUUAGACCUACAGAACUUGAUAAUCCAGCAUGUCAAUAGUCAAUAGCUGUAAACUCUGUGGUAUUUCAUCAGAAAAAUCCAGAUCCGAAAGCCUUGAUUCCUUAUUCCAACGUAUGCCCAUGUUGGAGUUGUCAAUAGUUUUUCUUAUUAUGAAAUCUGUGAUUAAUAUGAAAAGGAAUGGUGGCAAAAAAGCAGCAAGUGAACCAAAAUUCUCCCUAUUGAUGUAUGGCUGACUCCUGCAAGACUCGGCUGGACUUUCACUGGACAAUACCAAAACAGCAACUGACGAUGCUUCAUCCGUAGCCGAUUUUGAUCUACAGUUUGUCAAUUUUCCUGCGACAGAGACACUUUCAAGGAAUUUUGCAAUAAGUUUCAACACCGCGCUGUGGAUUGUGGGCGUUCUGUCUGUGAUGCGCUGGCUGAAAUCCUAUGCGAUAACGCGGGUACUCUUCUCUCGCGAAAUCAGAAAGUUCUCAAUGCGUUCAGUUUGUGUUAACGACAUCGGUUUUCACGACACGCGUAAGGAAGGAACAUCACUCAUAACACGAGAAACAACAAAUAUGUGUACGUAGGAAAGACAGCAUUGUUUUCCUCGUGUCCACCCAUUUGAUAUGUCACAUGAUCUUCUAUCCAUCUGAUAAUUAUCAGUUGUGUCCAAGAUGGCGACUUCCAAAAUGGUAGCCAUGUACAUAGCUUCUCAGGUUUUCCCACUUUCCGUCAGCACACUACUUGACUAUAAAUUUCUAUUUAUUCACUUGUUUUUGUUUUAUAAAUCUAGUUCCAGACAUAUGGGCCAACCUGUGUAGUUGGCUGCGUGCUGAGUGGAUACUGUACAAAACCUUAGACUAAGGCUAUGCACUUAACAACAUGAAUGCACUCUGUGCCAGACUCAUGCAAAGGAAAGCAACGCGGCACUAUCUGAGCACUUUAAAAAGACAGAAUACUAUAUAUAUGUAUUACAGCCUAACUUUUCCUUUAAGUUUGUGCUUUUAGAGUGGUCUGACUGACAAAUUUAGCUAACAUCAUGUAAUGUACCACGCUGUUCUUUCCUCCUUUCAAGGAUGAUAUAUUCCUGCAUAUCUGAUCUAUUUAUUCACCGAAAAAAAUUAAAAUUUUGUAUUUGUUA